CUGUCGGUUGUCUUUCUCUUGCUUUUCUCCAUAGCUUUUUUUAUACAUAGUGAAUGCAGAAAAUCGCUUUGAUGUCGGAAGCUGAGGUGACUUAAAUAAAAAUUAGUUCACAAAAUGGAGAAAAUUGCAAUUCUAAGUAUCAUCUUCCUCGUUGGUGCCACAAAUGCAUUUAAACUUUCUUCGAAAUGUUCAAAUUCAACUACCAGUCAAUUAUUACCAAAUGUUGACAUAAAUUAUUUCAGUUUUUGUGAUGUUACAACUGGACGACAAUCUGUAGAAAAAUGUGAUGAAGGUUUGGGUUUCUUGGUUAAUAGUACUGUCUCAGGAUGUGUUCCAUUUGAAAAAUGGCCAGAACCAUGUAUUGCACAAGUUCCUGCCGUACCAAAAUGUGUUGGAAAUAAUGUUAAUCGACCAUCAUCAGCUACUAAUCCAAAUAAAUACUAUCUUUGUCCUCGUGAAGGCUUAAACCCUAUUUUGAUGACAUGUCCCGAAGGCAAAGGAUUCGUAAAUGUACCUGGUACCAUUGGAUGUGCUGAAUAUUCAAAAUGGAGAGCUAUUAAGAAUUGUCCUUCGUAAUUAUUUUGUUUAGAAAUAUAAUUUGAA